AUGAUUUAUAACCACUUGCAGUUUCUCAUCUGCAAUUAUUCAGGUCCCACCAUUCCUCCUGCAGCGGCCCCUUUAACAACUCAGCCAGCACCAAAACCAACCACAGAACCACAAGUUCCAGGGGUUGCUCCAGCAACAACGCAAGUACCGGCUCCACAACCAACAGCAGCGGUCAGUCCCCAAGCUCCUGCAGCCCCCACCGUUCCUCCUGCGGCAGCCCCUUUAACGACUCAGCCAGCACCAAAACCGACAACAGAACCACAAGCUCCAGCAGCUGCACCAGCAACAACGCCAACACCGGCCCCCACCGUUCCUCCUGCGGCGGCCCCUUUAAAGACUGAGCCAGCAGCAAAACCGACAACAGCACCAGAAGCGCCAGCAGCUGCACCAGCAACAACACCAGCACCGGCCCCCACCGUUCCUCCUGCGGCAGCCCCUUCAACAACUCAACCAACACCAAAACCGACAACAGCACCACAAGCUCCAGCAGCUGCACCAGCAACAACACCAGCAGCAGCUCCACAACCAACAACAGCAGCCAGUCCUGCAGCUCCUGCAGGUCCCGCCGUUCCUCCUGCGGCGGCCCCUUUAAAGACUGAGCCAGCGGCAAAACCGACAACAGCACCACAAGCGCCAGCAGGUGCAGCAGCAGCCAAGCCAGCACCGGCCCCUUUAACAACUCAACCAACACCAAAACCAACGGAACCACAACCUUCAGCAACUACACCAGGAGCACCAGCAAAGCAAACAGCCGAUGCCCAAGCUGCAAAGAAACCGGAAACGCCUGAUAUAGAACCCGCUGAGGAAACUGAAAUAGACCAAGAAGAAGCAGCUAAGGCACUGAAAAUAAAAUUAAUAUGCAAUUUGUUAAAACAAUGCCCUCCAGGUGAAUUCAAGAAUGUUUUUGAAGACCUUCGCUUUCUGCUUUGUGAUGAUAAACUCAUGAAGCAAGAGGUUGCUCAGGUGUGCGCUAAUCAUUCCAAGAAAAAUUUCACCACUGCAAACAUCAAAGGGGACAAUGUGCUGGUGACUCGCCAUAAUGACAUGGAAGGUGAUCGUUUCUUUGAUCCACAGAUCAAGCUUUCUUUCACAUUUGAUCAUCUGAAUAGAAGAGCUGACAAAAUUCUGCUUUAUUGUAAUAUUAGGAGAGAUAAGGCAGAGUUAUGGAGAGAAACCCUUAAUGUGACCUUGGAAGCAUAUAUGAAGAGGCAUUUCAUUUCAGGAGUUUGUCGGGUCUACAGAAAAACAAUUAGAAACAAACCAUUUCUUGUGAUCUGCAUGGAAAGCCACCAGAAUAAGAAAUUCUGGAACUUUCUCUGGAAAUCAGAAUGGAUAAUUGCAAUAACUCCACCUGUUUCAGAAAUCAAAGGGGAUUUAAAAGUACAGCUGCAUUAUUUCAAAAAAGGUAAUCUUCACUGGACAGCAAGUAGUACUGCUGAAGGUUCCAUAUAUUUAAUUCAUCGGGACCAAUUUGCCUUGGAUUUUGAGAAAUUUAUUGAAGCUGAAGAUAACAAAUUUCAGAUGGAUCUGGUGAAAAGCCUCUACGAUUUGUCAAAUGAAACAUGGAGAGAGUUUCGGAGAAGGCUCCCAGUUACUCGCACUUCAAUCUCUUGGGAUAUACUGAUGAUGACUUAGUGAAAAGCGGUGAAGGCCUUUGGAAAUGAUGGAUCAUUAUAGUUGCUGCAAUGCCUGUGUGAAUGAAAUAAUGACCAAAUAAAACAACAGUUGUGUAGUA